AUGUUGAUUAUAAGUACAUUUAAAAUAUUACUAUGUUACUUGGUUGUUGUUGAUGCUCUUGUAUUAAGCAUUCCAAAACCGCAUUUGGCAAAUGAACUUAUUUCUAAAAGUGUUUCGGGAAGAUUAGGUAAAAGACGUGGUGGAAGAGGUGGAGGAUCUAGUAGUGGUGGGAGAGGUGGAGGAUCUAGUAGUGGUGGGAGAGGUGGAGGAUCUAGUAGUGGUGGGAGAGGUGGAGGUUCCAGUGGUGGUUCCAGUGGCGGUUCCGGUUCAGGAUCAGGCAGUGGUUCAGGAUCAGGCAGUGGUUCAGGAUCAGGAUCAGGAUCAGGAUCAGGAUCAGGAUCAGGAUCAGGUAGUGGUUCAGGAUCAGGCAGUGGUUCAGGAUCAGGCAGUGGUUCAGGAUCAGGCAGUGGUUCAGGAUCAGGCAGUGGUUCAGGAUCAGGCAGUGGUUCAGGUAGUGGUUCAGGCAGUGGUUCAGGUAGUGGUUCAGGCAGUGGUUCAGGUUCAGGUUCAGGCAGUGGUUCUGGUUCUGGCUCUGGCUCUGGUACUAGAGGUGGUAACGGUUCUGGUUCAGGCAAUGGCUCUGGUUCAGGUUCUGGCUCUGGUACCAGAGGUGGAAAUGGAGUUACUUCAGGAAGCUCAGGAACAGGUACAAAAGGUUCGACAGGUACAAAGGGUGGGUCCUCUUCAAGUUCGUAUAAGGGUUCUCCACCAGCUUACUCUCCAGGAAAAGCACCACCACCGUAUUCUCCAUAUGCGUCCACGGGACGUUCAGCGGGUCCUCCACCUACCCAAGUUAGAUAUUUCCCUGCUGCCGCACCUUAUCACCCCAGACCCUACUACAAUGGAUACAAUUCGUAUCGUAGUGGGUAUAGAACUAACUACAAUGGUUACUACUUUGCAGGUGGUGCACUCGUAGGUUACGGCUAUGGGCACUAUUUGUACGGAAGAACAAACCAAACAAGUUAUUACACUAAAAAAAAUGAUGCCGGACGUUUGCAAGCUUCAGGCCAUGCUUAUUUACCUGUUAUUAUUGCUGGUGCAUACGCUAUAGGGUAUUUGUAA